UGACGCUUAGCUGGGCAGGGGUUGUGUGUGCAGCUGCUGAGCCCCCAGCUCAUUCCUCCUCCUCCCGCUGCUGCCUGUACUGCUGCCUGUACUGCACACUCACCGGCUUCUCAUUCACCUCCCGGAGCAGAUCUGGAUUCUUUGGGGCAGCCAUGCAGAAGUACUGCAAAGAAAUGGAGGAACUCAUAGUGGAACUGCGGCUGUUUCUCGACUUGUUGGACCAUGAAUUUCUCACAACAACAGUCAGAGAGAAAAAGACUUUAAUAAGCAACAUCCUGUACAGGAUUCAGUCGGCCAGAGAAUCUGAACUGAAGAACCAUAACCACAGAGCCGAGAUGCCCUGCAGUGUGCCUGCCCCACCUCAGAUGCCUCUGCCAGAAAUCCCUCAGCAGUGGUUGCCUCCAGAUAAUGGACCUCCUCCCCUUCCAACAUCCUCCCUUCCCGAGGGCUACUAUGAGGAAGCGGUACCGCUCAGCCCUGGAAAGGCUCCAGAGUACAUCACUUCCAACUAUGACUCGGAUGCCAUGAGUAGCUCAUAUGAAUCCUAUGAUGAGGAGGAAGAGGAUGGUAAAGGGCAGAAGAAAAGGCUUCAGUGGCCUUCCGAAGAAGCAUCUAUGGAUCUUGUAAAGGAUGCCAAAAUUUGUGCUUUCCUUCUACGGAAGAAAAGAUUCGGCCAGUGGACCAAACUGCUGUGUGUCAUCAAAGACAACAAAUUAAUGUGCUACAAAACCUCUAAGGACCAGCAACCGCAGAUGGAGCUGCCGCUGAACGGCUGUGCGGUCACUUAUGUACCAAAAGACAGUAAGAAGAAGAAGCACGAGCUGAAGGUUACUCACCAAGGGACCGAUGCCUUAGUUCUUGCAGUGCAGAGCGAGGAACAGGCCGAGCAGUGGCUGAGGGUAAUCAAAGAUGCUUGCAAUAUUUCUGGUGGACCCAUUGAUUCCGAUGGACCAAUAUCGAGCUCCCCUGUGCCAAAAAGUGAGCUGGAAAAGAAAUUGUCGAUAGAGCGGCCGAGUUCGGAUGGAGAGGGAAAUGUAGAGAAUGGCACAGUGAUAACUAACGACAAGGAGCCAGUGAAAAGGAAAAAGAGUGGCAAAGUCGAACCUAAAGGCACAGUGACAAAAGUAACUGGAAAAAAAAUAACAAAAAUAAUUGGUCUGGGAAAGAAAAAGCCAAGUACCGAUGAGCAGACGUCGUCAGCAGAAGAAGAUGUCCCAACAUGUGGAUAUCUCAAUGUCCUGUCCAACAACCGCUGGAGGGAACGCUGGUGCAGAGUCAAAGACAACAAACUCAUUUUCCACAAGGACAGGACAGAUCUGAAGACCCACAUUGUUUCAAUCCCCCUUAGAGGGUGUGAAGUUAUUCCUGGAUUGGAUUCCAAACACCCCUUGACAUUCCGGCUGCUCCGUAACGGACAAGAAGUCGCCGUGCUGGAGGCCUCAUCCUCUGAAAAAAUGGGAAGGUGGCUUGGAAUAUUACUGGCCGAGACUGGUUCCUCCACAGAUCCUGGGGCUCUGCACUAUGAUUACAUUGAUGUGGAUACAACUGCAAAUGUGAUACAGACUGCAAAGCAGUCUUUCUGCUUUAUGAACAGAAGAGUAAUCUCUGCAAACCCAUACCGAGAAGCUACUACAAAUGGCUACUCUUGUCCCAGUGGAGUGGCCCUUCAUUACGAUGAUGUUCCCUGCAUUAAUGGAUUGUGGAGACCCGAUGAGGACUAUGAGACUUACCGUAACAGAAAGAAUGGAGAAGAAGUACAUUACGAUGAUGCAGACCUGUAUGAUAACUUGCCAUCUCCGAAAAUCUUUGCCCGCUAUCCACCAGCCGAUAAAAAAGCCAAUAGGUUUUCUACUGAUAAACUCCCUCCUAACCACUACAAAUCUCCUGUCUCAUCCAGUCUGUCUUCUCAGUCUGUCACUAACAACUCUGCUGUAGGGAGGGGACCUCUCAGUUCCCAGUCUCAGCUGAAAAGCAAGAAGCCACCUGCCAUGGCCAACGGAAUUGCUGCAAAAGGAAGAAUAAACAACAGCCAGCCGAAAAAUGCAGCUCCAGCAGCCAACGUGAAACGCACCGCCUCAAAUGCCGAGCAGUACAAAUAUGGGAAGAACCGGGUGGAAGCAGAUGCGAAAAAACUGCAGAUGAAAGAGGAGGAAUUGCUGAGAAAGAAAGAAGCGCUACGGAACAGACUGGCUCAGCUUCGGAAGGAGAAAAGGGACAUACGAGCUGCCAUCGAAGCCAAUGCUGGGAGGAAAUCCCAGGUGCUGCUGGAAGAGAAGAUGAAGAAGCUGGAGGAUGAAUGCAAACAGAAAGAGCGUGAGCGGGUUACCCUGGAGCUGGAGCUUACUGAGGUGAAGGAGAGUCUGAAGAAAGCCAUGGCUGGGGGCAUCACGCUCGGCCUCGCAAUAGAACCCAAGCAGGGAUCAUCUCGGUCCCAGGGAAGUCAAUGUGAUAAUGAAAUCCUCUUGGUUUUGCAGUCACCGGUUCUAAAGCACCGCACGGUGGAGAAUUCUCCCAUCUCCAGCUGUGAUACAAGCGAUGCCGAAUGCUCCCUACCUGUGAACAGUGCAGCCGCUUUAAAGAGACAGCCCUCUGCAAGUAACUCACCUGUACGGGGACAUGUUUUGAGGAAGGCCAAGGAAUGGGAACUUAAAAAUGGCACAUAAUGAACAGGACUUCUGUUUCAUCUGUAACCGCCUUAACUAGCAUCGACCGAGGGACUGACCAGCCAAAUGUUUGGUACACAGACUGAUUGACAAAUCUAUUGCCGAAAAAUCCAUGUGUACUCGCAUUGUGGGACAGCAAUGAAAGGGUCAGUCUCAGCCAAACGUGGAUGCAGCCUUCAACAGAACGCCUACCAAUGUCUCUCCAUUUGUUUGCUGCUGGUACGGUGUGCUUCUUCAUCCGCCAUUUCCUUAUGUGUUUCUUACAAAGAGAAGUAUUAGGUUUGAUUUCUGUGCUUGUGGAAGGUCAUGUCCGACAUCUUCAAAGCACUGAUUGUUGAAACAUACCGUUAAGUUUUAAUGCAGUCGCUCAACUUUUGUACUAAUCGACUGUAAUUGAAGAGGCUUUGCGUUAUGAAGCUUCUGGUAUUACAGUGACUUCAAGCCAUUCCUGAUACCAGCAGAGCCGGGCAAGCUCAAUGCUGGAGAUGGUGGAGACAGAGGGUUACAAACCAUGAUCAUUAUUCCAUACGGGGUCCUUAUACCCAAAUGAUUCCCACGUUGGUUCAACAAGCAACACUAUCAUGACUUGGCUUGUUUUGAAAACAGUGCAAACGGCAAUAGGAAGACGGAUCCUAAUAGAAAAUGAUAUUUGGGGAGUUCAAACCUUUUAUUAUCAUCCAUGCUCAGCCUUCACUAUCAACCCUGCUCUCCAAGUGUGCUACCUAGCCUUCUAGAUGCAGAGGAAGCCAAACAGCUCUUAACUGAAUCGGUCUCCAAUAUUAUUAACUAAGGGCACGUAAGGCUAAAUUAUAAAUGAAUUUGGAAUAUCCUACAUCCUGCCAGCUUUUACACCACUCAGCACCUCCAUUUUGUUAUUUAUGGACCUUUGUAUACUAGAUUCCAAAUAAGUACAGUACCUUGGUGCUAUCUCAACGUUCCAAAGGCGGUGAAUCAGUUAUACAAAGAAUUCCAAGUGUUCAGAAGGAUCACAGUUGUAAAGUCAAGCACAAAAUCUCUUCUCCAUAUUCAUUCCAAAUUACUGUUGAAAAAUGCAACUCAAAAACAUUGCAAUUAUACAGAUUAUAGAAUAAGUCCUAAUGAACAGAGGAGCAAUGGGGAAAUGUAGUCAAAGUUGUAGAGGCAAAAACACUUGCAUAAAUAAGAACUUGCACAUCGCAAUAUUCUUCAUUAGACAAUAGCACAUAGUGUAUUUUUUUUUAUUAAUUCCUAUGAAGGUGGGUUUUUUGUUUUUAUUAUUUUUUUAUGUUAUUUUUGUUUUAUCACAUAUUCCGUGUGCCACUGCACACUACAGAAAUCACACGUGCAAUUUUUUGAAGGUUCUCAAAACCUCUGUUGAGGAAAAGGAAAACAUUGUUUGCGCAAAGUAAAAAUGGUUCUCAUUGUGCAAAUGUUUUGUUACCAUCUUCAACUUGUAUUACAUUUCCCGCCCCAAUGUCUUUUGGUGCUUAGUGGGAGUGAUGGGCACGGAAUACCAUGGGCAAUGGGAAUUAUGAGCAGAGCAUGGGUGGAAGUUGGUCAUUAAAAUUUGUGUCUAGAUCUUUAAUUAAGAUUAUUGGAAGGUAUGUUAGCAGCCUUGAACUUCAGAGGACAAACUUUAUCUUUAGGACAAUGGUUGUCUGAAUUUUUUUAAGUUCAAGACCCUCUUGGAAGUUCGGGACCCCCUUGGGCUCAUAACAAGGGUACAGACAUAGGAAAAUAUUGAUGCAUCAGUCAUGCAGGAAUAGGUCCAAAAAUAUCCAGGGCACCUUGUAUCUCAUUUUAGUUGACCUUCAAGAUGGACGUUCAGGUGAAUGUUGUGGAGAAAAUAAGCACCCCAACUGACCUUCAGGCUGAGCCCUAACUGCCACUUCUAUAGGCCAAUGGGCCCACAAGCCCAAAAUUAGGGAAAAAAAUAAAUUUUUGUUUCUAUCCUCAGAUUAAAUUAUUUAUUUGUAUAUUUUCAUUUAAUGUUUAUUUGUUUAAUUUAUGUCUGUAAAUAUGUUAAAGAAUUUACACCUUCGACCUUGUUGUUGGUUUAGGGAAAGAGAGAUAUUCAGCAGCAGUUUAUUGGCAGUGAGAAGGAUAAGCUGGUGUUUGGGAAAAUCUGUCAGCUUUGCGUAUUGUGUCCUUAAGCACAAGUCAGAGGAACCUAAAGGAAGUCUGAGAAUUCUGGGUUCUUCUACAAAAGAGAUAUAUUGCAGCGGCUUUGUGUAACCAUUUCAAUUAGAAAGAGUUUUAAUUAUCGGACAUAACUUUCUAGCAACGAGAAGAUAUUGUGCAGGUGCCUAACACUCUUCUGCAACACAAUAAUCUACAUGGAGCUUGUCGCCAAGUGUGGUCUACUUGGAAACUAGAGGGGCGAAUGGGACAUUUUUUGAACCACAUACAAAACAAAAGUCACCAGCACUUCUUAAAUAUUCAAAAAUACAUCGAUAUUGAAAAGAAUAAAAGCAGCAAAUAAAAGAUACAUGUAACGUUUCAGGUCUGUCACAUCAGGAAAUGAUGGCUCUUCCUAGCUGCUGUAUGGAGGGAACACAAAUAUCAUGAUUUUUUUGUCAAAAACAUCAGGUAUAAUGUAAAAAAUGACCUGACAUGGUCCAAAAAAGUCAUGAAGCAGCAACAAGAAACACAUUUUGCUAAACCUGAUUCCUAGAUAAAGGUAAAAAUAUAUUUUCACCAGAAAAUGGAGGAUGUUUUUCUCUGACCAUUGGGAAAUAAGGCCCUUAGCAAACUCCUGAUAUAGGGUCAUAGAAUCUGUGGUCCCAGUGAUUAUGAUGAGAUCGAGACACAUAUCCACAUUAGCUGGCAGAGAACUGCCCCACCAUUACACUUGGUUUAAAUUAUCACAGGGUAGAUUUUAAAGAAAGGGUAAGUAGUUAAUGGUCUUCUCUGACCAUUUGGAAAUAAGGCCCUUAGCAGACUGAUGUAGGGUGAUGGGAACUGUGCUCCCAGUUAUUAUGAUCAGCUAGAGAUGUAUAUCCACAUUAUCCUUAAUGAAUGUCAUGGUGGAAUCCAUAUGUUCUACUACUAGGGGUAUGUUUACUAAGAAUGGAGAUAAAGAUCACCUGUGAUAUUGCCUGUAGCAACCAAUUAGGUCUUUGCUUUGAUUUCUAACUUGUAGGUGACUGUCCAAAUCUUAUUGCUGAUUGGUUGCUAUGGGCAACAUCACCGGAGAUAUUUAUCUCCAAUCUUAGUAAACACACCCCAAAGGGUUGUGUUCACUUCUUGGAACUCCCAAGUCAACAUCUGAUAUCCUUAUGUUUCAUAGUAGAGGGUACAAUGUUUCUUAGUUCACGUUUCAAAGAGGGUAAAAUAAUAAAAUCUGCAAAGUUUUCACCUGGGGAACGUGACCCAACACAUGCUUAUUUUAUUGCAUUGAGCCCAUGUGUAUCCAUCUAUUACUAUACCUUCAUAUGUGUAUUCAUAUACCACUCUAGUAAUAGUCAUUUGGUUUAUAAAGUCCCACUCAGAGCUGCCUUUAAAAGGCUUGGAUAAGGGACAACGGCCAUAGUCUUUGCACAUAGUGUGGCCCUGGGCCCCUGAUGUUAUAACUGAUUUUAUUUUUAGUCCUUCCUUGUACUUGGGUUUUGUAUUAUUUAGAUCUAGAUCAACCUAUACUAUGAAAUAUAACUUCCAGCUUGGCUAAGGAUUCUCGGAGUAUUCCACUGGUCACUUUGACACCCCCCGACCGAAUUAUAGAGACGCUCAUAUUAUAUAUAUUGACACCGUGCUCACAAUAUAUUUAAGUGUAAUUGAAUUUCCCCAAGGAUCUCAGAGACCUCCUUAGUGUAUGGAAAGUACCGGUAGGUUGGUAUUAUGUGGUUUUGCUAAACAAACAACAUCAUUGGUAUCAAGGAGACUUAAAACCUUAAACCAGGGAUGGGGGGAAUUGGAGUAGAAUAAAUGGCUGCCACAGACGUCCUAUCCCUGUGCUGUUUUAUAUGUAACACUUUGCACUCCUUGUUAGAGAUUAUUUUUAGGCAUGUUUCACCCAAUAUGGGUUUAAUGUCAAUAGUUCAAGCAAUGAGAGGUCCAUUUGUUCCCUGCCAGUUUAUGGUAAGGGCCACCAUUCCAGCCAAUCAGGCCACCAGCUGGUGUAGCCAAUGAUAUAUAACUUAACACUCAUGCAGUUGAAAGGCACCUGAACUGAAACAGCACUAAAAGCCUAUAAUAGUCACUUGGGGACCAGUUUGGAGAGAAAUGUUCAGGAAAAUUUUCAUAUUUGUUUUGUUAUUUUUAUUUCUCAGUUCACAUAGCAACUUGAGAAUUCUUGAAAAAAAACAAACAAUAAAGAUUUCCAUCCAAACACAUUGUGGUCAGUGGUGAGAAAAUGCUGGUAAGGGAAUGGAAGAACAAUUGAUAAAUAUUACGGAUGCACCGAAGCCAGGAUUGGGCCUUUUUUGGCAGGGUUCGGUUUUGGCUGAAUACACGGUCCAAAUCCUAAUUAUCUUAAAUUAUCAUAAGCUAAUUAGGAUUCUGUACGGUAUCCAUCAGGGUGGAUUCGGGGGUUCAGCCAAACCCAAAAAACUGGUUUCGGUGCAUCCCUGAUUAAUAUGGAUCUUCAGGAGAAAGCCAAUUUCUUUCCAACAUGGUCAAAAUAAAUGUGAUUUUUGAAAAAUCUGCCAUUAAGCACCAUUUUUGACUACCACUUUGAGGUUUUUGACUAUCACUGGCCCAGUUCAAGCAUGGUGGCCCUUUCUAUGACUCACCGUCAGUCGGAUCCAAUGCAAUAUAGCAAUAGGGGUGGCACUUUUGGUGAAAUGCACUGAAAACAGUGACAAUUCUACCUGUAUGUUUUUGUACAAAGGCUAAUUGUUAUGAGAAUAUUCUUUAUGUGUAGAAAGAGAAGAACUUUGACUGCAGUGAUAAAGGGCGUGUCACAUGACCCCAUAGAGAGCCAAGGCUGCUCCAUCUGCAGGAUAGGGCCCUGCAACUGCCACCUCCAUCUUCUGCUGUAGUUCUAAUCCCAGUUGGCUACUCAGAGGCCAGCAGAAAUUUGUAUUUUAGAGAGAAUUUUCCUUGUAAGCGUGCCAUCUUUUUGUAUCCUACUGAUAUUUUACAAACAAACAGUUUUAAAUUGUCGUUUGUGUCUUUCAUUUUUUUUUUAUUUGUAUGUGGUGAUCACAUGCCUAUACGUUGUACGACCAAUUGCCCUUUAUGAAUGUAAUUAUGACCUUUCUUGUAUUUUUCAAUAAAAAUAUCUAAAGUGAAUAAUUCUGUGAAAAAAAAAAAAUGGCACGAAAUAAACCAGAAGGUGCUGAAAUUCCGCUAUGUAUUGACUGUACAUAGAUCCCUUUUAUGGGACAUAUUUAAUUUUUGAAAUGCACAUAUUUUAUUUAAUAAAGACAUGUCUGCUUCUUUAUGAUUAAAGUAGAUUAAAUGAAUUAUUGCUUUUUUUUUUUUUUUUUAGAUUAUUCUUUAUAAUAUUUCUGUACACAGUGCUGAUAUGGACUUGCACCCACAUGGGUGUCACACAAUUAUGUGCACUAUUCAUUCAGUAAAUAUACUUAAAU